AUGACAAUUCAUCAAAAGGAAUUCUCCACCCCUCCACCCCAUCCACCUGUGGGCACACCCCGGGAUUCCCCAUCCGCACUGCCCUGGUACUCCAUAGCGCCGGGGGUAUGGGAAUUUUUACUAAAUGGCGACGGGGAACACAAAGCUGCGCUGCAGUGGUGGGAGCCGAACACUACAUCUGUGCAGAAAGAACCAAUAACACAUGCCUACAUCGAAGAGGUCUGCACUCUACGAGGCGGGCUGGAAGAUCUUACGCUCGGACAGUCGUGGGGUAUUGGUGCUUAUGCCUACCGAUACCCUGGGAUGGAGCAUGGUCCGUACCGGUCGACCAAGGAGGGUUGUCUGCAGUUUGUGAAGGUUGUGCCGGUCAAGAAUUAA